AGCCACCACCCGCACAGCCAACAGAUAGAGAUUUCUUCGUCUAUUUGACUGCUAAUAAAGAAUUAAUAAAAUUUGCCUUUAAAUCUCAGAUUUCGCUUAAAUCACUAACCAAGAGAUUCGCACAAUUAUCCCACAUGUAUCUUACUCAUUCAUAAUCACGUCAUCGCCGGAAUUCAUAUCCCAAUCAUUCAAUCAUUUAAAAAAAAAACUUCGUUUGGUUCAUAAUUUUUUUCAUUUUUCUCUCGAUUUAAGGAUUAGUUCGUUGAUGGUCAUCUAAAACCGAAGCUCUCUGUAUCUCUGCUCGUUUUUUUAUACUGAUAAGUUUCAAGAAUUUUGCUACCUGUGAAAGAUGGUUGCCUUUGGGAAGAAACUAAAGGAACGACAAAUUCAAGAAUGGUCAGGAUAUUAUAUCAAUUAUAAAAUGAUGAAGAAAAAGGUGAAACAAUAUGCUCAACAAAUUGAAGUUGGAACACAAGAUCGCAAGCAUGUUCUCAAGGACUUCUCAAGAAGGCUUGAUAAUCAGAUUGAGAAACUUGUCCUUUUCCUGCUGGAGCAACAAGGGCUACUUGGAAGUAGGCUUGCUAUGCUCAAUAAACAACAGGAUGCUCUUGAGCAGCAGUCAGAUAUUGCUCAAAUAUCUCAAUUACGAGAAGCCUAUAGAGAAGUGGGGCAAGAUUUAUUAAAACUUCUAUAUUUUAUUGAAAUAAAUGCUAUUGGUCUGCGCAAGAUACUCAAGAAGUUUGAUAAACGCUUUGGGUAUAGAUUUACCGAUUACUACGUCAAAACUCGUGCUAAUCAUCCCUACUCUCUGCUGCAACAAGUGUUUAAGCAUGUGGGUUUAGGAGCUGUUAUUGGAGCCAUUUCUCGCAAUCUACAUGAACUUCAGGCACACCAGGGAAGCUACUUGUCAAUCUAUGAUCAACCUGCUGUUCCCAUUCAGGAUCCUGUUGUUGACUCAUUGAAAGCAGCUGUAGACAGGCUAAGCCACUCAACAAAUUUCCUUAACUUCUUGGCACAACAUGCGCUUAUUAUGCAGGAAGAGCUACCAACUCCUAUUGAGGAGCAUAUUGAUGAUCAGAAAUACCAUUUUAUGUCACUUCUCUUGAACCUAAUAAACACAUUUCUCUAUAUGGUCAACACAUAUAUAAUUGUUCCCACAGCAGAUGACUACUCAACAUCACUUGGAGCAGCAGCAACAGUUUGUGGUGUAGUGAUUGGAGCAAUGGCUGUUGCACAGUUGUUUUCUUCUGUGUAUUUUAGUGCUUGGUCUAACAAAUCAUACUUUAGACCUCUUGUGUUCAGCAGUAUCGUUCUUUUUAUGGGAAAUCUCAUGUAUGCAAUGGCACUUGAUUAUCAUUCAAUAACUCUUCUUUUACUGGGCCGUCUACUCUGUGGGUUUGGUUCUGCUAGAGCAGUUAACCGAAGGUACAUUAGUGAUUGUGUGCCACUAAGAAUUCGAAUGCAAGCAUCGGCAGGUUUUGUUAGUGCCAGUGCUCUAGGAAUGGCAUGCGGUCCUGCUCUUGCUGGCUUACUUCAAACUGAUUUUAAAAUUUACAAGUUCACAUUCAAUCAAGUUACUCUACCAGGAUGGGUUAUGGCUGUGGCCUGGCUUCUGUAUCUCAUACUUCUGUCUGUUACGUUUAAAGAACCUUCUCAUGAUAUUGAAGAGAGCGAUGUAGCAGAGGAGGCUAAUAAUGGACAAAGAGAAAAUGAUACACUCGAAAAGGGUCUUAAUCAACCAUUGCUGUUGAGUUCGGAAGCCAAGGAAGAGGAUGAAAAUGAUGAUGAAGAAGAUGCCAGUGAGGAAGCUCCUGAGGAAUCUAGGGGGCCUGUCAAUUCAAUUGCAGCAGCAUACAGGCUACUUACCCCAUCUGUAAAGGUUCAGUUGUUGAUAUAUUUUAUGCUGAAAUAUGCAAUGGAGGUUUUACUCUCGGAAUCUAGUGUCAUAACUGCACACUACUUUGGCUGGUCAACAACCGAAGUGGCUAUUUUUCUUGCAUGUUUAGGCCUAACUGUUCUUCCGGUAAAUAUUAUGGUCGGAAGCUACGUUAGUAACAUGUUUGAAGACAGGCAACUUUUAUUGGCGUCAGAAAUUGUGGUUUGCAUAGGAAUACUCCUGAGCUUCAAAGUAAUAAGUCCGUACACUGUUCCUCAGUACGUUGGCUCUGGGCUGAUAAUGUUUGUUGCUGCUGAAGUACUUGAAGGUGUUAACUUGUCACUUCUCUCUCGAGUCAUGUCAUCGAGGCUUUCUCGCGGAACAUACAACGGUGGACUACUCUCAACGGAAGCUGGAACGAUAGCGCGUGUAAUUGCAGAUGCCACGAUAACCCUUGCUGGGUACUUGAGUCGGAAUAUGCUCUUGAACGUGACCCUUCUUCCUUCUCUAUUCAUUUGCGUGUUUUCCAUUGUUUGCACCUGCUUUACUUACAAUUCCCUCUAUUGAUUUGUAUGUAACAGAAAAAUUAGUCAUUUGAUUAGAAAAUCAAAUUUCUCAAUUUUGUUUCUUUAA